AUGGCGUUUGAAGCGCUCCUUGAAAUACGAGACCAGGGUCGGAAACUCUGCGGGCACAGGGGUGUCUGCGGUGCCCCCGCGGCACACGGGCUCGGCGGCUGCUCAGGGCUCGUUCCACGCUCCCGUUGCUGGCCACCAGGAGCCCUCGGUCCCACGUGGGCAGCCAAAGGAGCCCUGGUGGCUCCCAGUGAAGGGCAGCAAGAAGAGCACGUAGUGGUGGUGGGGGGCAUCAUGGGUCUGGGGGGUGUUGCUGGUGCUGGUCAGUCAGAUCCAGUCUGGGCACCCCAUAGAUGUGGGACCAGUGCUGGCUUUCCUGACUUGCCAUCCCUCCCCGCUCCUGGUCCCUCUGUCCUCACGGCGGGUCUGUUUCCUCCUGCAGGCAUGAAGCGACCCCUGAGCCCGUCCCACAACCCCGAGAGUGGGCUACGGCUGGUGGAGGCGGCCAGUUGCCCACCGGGCCAGCCCGAGCAGCGCAUGAAGAGGGAGAAGAAGCACCAGUCGUUCACGCUCUGCGAGGUCUGCAACAUCCAGCUCAACUCGGCCGCGCAGGCGCAGAUCCACUACAACGGCAAGUCCCACCAGAAGCGCCUCAAGCAGCUCAACAAGGGGAAGAUGCCAGCAGCCCAAGGUCCCUCCGGACACAGCAGCCCCCUCCUCGCCUCGUUGCCAAUCCCCGGCCGUCCCCUUCACCCCCCCUUGGACAUCAAGCACUUUCUGACCUUCCGGCUCAACGGGACGUCACCGCUCAACCUCUUCCCCAACUUCAACACGAUGGACCCGGUGCAGAAGGCGGUGAUCAGCCACACCUUCGGCGUGCCGGCCCCGCUCAAGAAGAAGCAGUUCAUCUCCUGCAACAUCUGCCACCUGCGCUUCAACUCGGCGAACCAGGCAGAAGCCCACUACAAGGGCCACAAGCACGCGCGGAGGCUGAAAGCCAUUGAGGCCAUGAAGAACAAGCAGAAGGUGACGGGGGCUGCGGCGGUGCCCACCGGCCGGGACUUGUCCCCCAGCCCCGAUGGCAGCGGGGAGCCCGGGGGCACAGCUCCAGUCAACGGUUUGCCAGAGCCGGAGGGUGAGUGCAGCAGCCUGGGGCUACCCCCUGGCACCGAGGACUCGCAGUCGGAGCUGCCGGGCAGCACAGCCCCCCUGGGCUCCCCACCGGCCUCCGAGCUGUCGGAGGGCACCUCAGAUGCCACCAGCGUGGCCUCCUCCUCCGCUCCCACCGCCGAGGCGCCAGCGGCCGAGUCGGGCGGCAGCGUCAGCUCGGCCCCCGAGAGCGAGAAGGAGGGGAAGAAGAGCAAACAGCAUCUCUACUGUCCCACCUGCAAAGUCACCGUCAACUCCCUCUCCCAGCUGGAGGCUCACAACACCGGCGCCAAGCACAAGUCGAUGCUGGAAGGGCACAGCACCCAGAUGAGGCGAGGCCGAGGCAAGCUCCUCUCCCGGGCAGGGCACAAAUCCAAGCGGAUCGGCAACAAGGGCAGCAUCAACAUCCAGAACAAGGCGUUCCACUGCCAAGUGUGCGAGAUCUACGUCAACUCGGAGACCCAGCUCAAACAGCACAUGAACAGCCGGAGGCACAAAGACCGGCUGGCGGGGAAGCCUCCCAAGCCCAAGUACAGCCCCUACAACAAGCUGCAGAAGAACGCUGCCCUCGCAGUGAGUAUUCUCAAGUCCAAGCUGGCUUUGCAGAAGCAUCUCACCAAAACCCUGGCCACCCGCUUUCUGCCCAGCCCGCUCACCACGGCCGCCAUCUGUGCCAUGCCUGGCCCCCUCGCCCUCAGACCGGCCGCUGCCACCACCCUCUUCCAAGCCCCCAUCCUUGGACCAGCCCUUUUCCGGACGCCGCCAGCCCACGUCCGCACCACACCGGGCCCCAUCGUCUUCGCCCCCUACUAGAGCCCCUCCGAGGGUCUGUCCAUUGCCCACCGGGCCGUGCCGGGGGGUGCCCGGUGCGGGAUGGUGCCCCCGAGCAGGUGGCUCUUCUGGCUGGUGGGAAACCAUAGUCGUAGACAUCAACCUUGGCUUCUCCUUGGCUUCAAGUGGGCUCCUGCUGGAGCAAGAUCCCCCGGCAGAGCCCGGCCAGCGCCACCAUCCAUCCCUGCUGCUCCCCCCUUGGCCCCACAUACAGCAGGGGGGAGGACGGUGCCCGAGUCACUGGGACCCUCUUGUGUCUCGUGGCCAGGGGCUGCCUGUCCUCAGCCCACUGGUUUCUCAUUCAUCUCCUUCCCAGUUCCCAGAGUGGAAUAAGAGGAGCCAGCAGCUCCCCAUGGAGGGAGCAUCCCUCUGGCCGGUCCCUGCCAGCCCCAUGGGAAGGGAACUGUUGGCGGGGGGAGUCUCAGCCCAGUUCUUACUGGGAGGAGCGGUCCCAGCACAAGCAGAAGGUUGGCAGUUCCCUCUCGAACCGGGCUGGCUGUGCCUUUGCCAGCCCCACGCUUGCCCCGUGCUGGCUGGGGACAUCCCUGCUGCCCACCAGCCCCCCGUGCCCCACAAUCCCUUACGUCCCACCAGCCAAAGAGCCCCCGCCGCGGUGGCCCCCAGCCACACUGACCGUACCUUCACUCCGAGAGCAAUAGCUGAAGCCCAGGGCCGGUGCCUCCCCCCCCCACCCCAAAAGCACACUGCCCCUGCCCUGGACCCCCAGAAGAAGCACACAACGGGCCGGUGGCCACAGACAGGCUCCGCUCCAGCCCCAGCGAGGAUGGGAGAGCCAGCCCCCCCCUCCCUGAGGAGGUGACCCCCUGCUCAGCCAUUUGCCACCCGCAGGGGACAGCCCUGUCCCUACCUCCCGGGAGAUGCUGCGAGGCUGAGUGAAUGUCCCCAAAGCACUUUGGGUUCUCCAGUGAAAGGACACGCUGCUGCUCACCCCCCCCCAGCAGCCGCCGGGCCCAACCGUCCCACCCCAUCCCCAUUUGGAGCUUCCAGGGAGUUACUGGUGACUCCCCAAAACAGAGGUGUCCCCGGCAGCCCGGACAAUCAGGUAGGAAGGAGCAGGUGGCCCCCCCAGCCCGUGCUCGGCGCUCCCCCAGUGACGGAAAACGGGCUUCCAUGGGACCCCCCCUCAAGCCGUCGCUCUGCUUUUCACUGUGCUCCCAAAGCCCAGCCGUGGCCUGGCCCGAGGACUGUCCCCCCCCCCGGGGGAGCUCCGGGUGCCCAGAGCUGCUGUAAAUAGGAAUAUGGCAGGAAAGUUGCGACCCGCCGGACCUCUCGCCGGAGUGACGACCCACCCCGAUCUAUGCAAUCCCGGGGGAGCAGCUCGCCCGCCGCCUUCGCUGUCUGCCACUCACUUUGGUGCUCACGCCGGCUGCGCAGCCAGGAGGGGCCGUCGGCGCCCAAAAACCAAGGCAAGGCUCAGCUCUGUGCAGACAAUUCCCCUCCUGCCCCCUCCCUGUGCUGGCUCAGAGACCUCCACCGUAUCCCACGUCCCCUUCUGGCCACGGGGAAGAGGCCGGUGGGUUCAUCCCCCUGGGAAUCCACACGCACACGUCUUCGACGUCUCGGCCAUACCCGGCGCCUGGAGUUUGGAGGAUUUUGCCCACUGUGCUCCACCGAUGCUCAGGAGAAGGUCCUGGUGAUGGGAGGUGAACGGGACGCGGCCAACGGGUCACUCUCACGGCUGAAACUCUUCUGCUGCCCGGAGCUGGCAAAGAGCUGGAGCCUUGGGUGAGGGCAGGAGACCUGCAGGGCAGCACGGAGCCCUACGCCAACGUCUGGAGGCCCCAUUUCUCGUGCCAUGGACAGCCCUGACCCACAGUGCCACCGCCACGCUCCUGGCUCCAGGAGCCCAGAGGAGCCCUGGGGUAUGGAUUCUGCUCAGGGCAUCGCCUUCCACCCCAGGGAGAGCAACAGCAGGAGGAGAAGAGUGAGCAUCUCUGGAAGGCUGGGGGUAGAGAUGACCAAAAGGUCUUACAGCGGUGUUGGGGAGACCUGGCUCGGAGAGCAGCACGGGAAGGCAGGCUCCCAGCAGCAGUGGCUCUGCCAGGGACGGGGAGAUGGUCCUGCAGCCCAGGGGACACGUGAAGCCUGGACCCCGCAUCCCACGGGACCCUUUGCUGGUCAGGGCUGGCGGGCAGCAGGAAGGACACAGCUCCGAUGGCGUCGCCGUGCCAAGCUCCAGCCUUCCCCAUCCCUGCUCAUCUCACUGUGCUCUUCCCCGGCCACCGCGCCGGUCACUCCCAGCCCCGGCCACCGCAGAGACGGGCCACGUGUCCCCUCCUGCCACCAGCCUCAGGAGCCCGGGAGCAGCCGUGCCCCAGCCCCCAGGAGCCGCUCGGGCACCGGUGGGUCGUUCCCCUGCGUUUUGCUCUGAAAAGCCCGUGCUGGAGCCAGCGGUGGUGGCUGCUCCCAUCACCCCUACACCAGUGGAGUCCUAAUACACUCCUACACUUGGCACUUUAACCCCUUGAAAGCCAUUCCUUCUAAUAACAAUAAUAC